AUGACCCAAUCCGACGUCCCAGCUACCGAUCCAGCUGUCUAUGAGGCCUAUAAGACCCAAUGGGCCUCAUUACCCGACACUGCCGAAGCCUGGCUAGCUCGGGCGCGUGAAGUAGCCACCGUACUAAGCAAAGACGCAGCGCAGCGCGAGCAAGAUAACAAGUCCCCACGGGCGGAAGUAGCUUUACUCAAACACUCCGGAUUGCUGAAGCUUCUGGGUCCCAAGAAAUACGGUGGAGGCGAACAGCCCUGGAGCGUGGGAUACAAGGCCAUUCGCGAGGUGGCCAAAGGAGAUGGAUCAAUUGGUAUGCUCCUAGGCUACCACCUCCUCUGGUCCACAACCGCCAACAUAGUCGGCACCCCCUCUCAAGCCGACCGCAUCCACCAAUGGAUCAUCACAAACAACUACUUCGUCGGCGGGGCCGUCAAUCCCCGCGAUAGCGAUCUAACCAUCACCUCCGACGGAGAGGACAUCAUCUUCAACGGAGCCAAGUUCUUCAACACAGGUGGUGUCGUCUCCGACCUCACCGUCCUAGAAGGUGUCAUCGAAGGAACAGGCGAGCACAUCUUCGCACUCGUCGAGACCCGGCAGGCGGGGAUCAAAUUCGCCCAUAACUGGAACAACAUCGGACUACGCUUGACCGAGUCCGGAGGAGUCAAGAUAGAGAAUGUGCGUGCGCCGUGGACAGACGCAUUGGGAUGGGAUAAUGUGUCGAAGAGGCCGCGGGAAGAGGUUCUGGGUGUGCCGUUUGCGAGUUUGUUGCUUCCGACGAUCCAACUCGUCUUCAGCAACUUCUACCUCGGCAUCGCCCAAGGCGCACUGGCCUUCGCAUCCCAAUACACCGUGAGCACGACCCGUCCAUGGCCCUUCGGCGGGGACAACAAGGCCUCCGCUACCGACGAGUUCUACAUUCUCGAGCGGUACGGGAACUUCUUCGCGCAUCUUCGUGCCGCAGAGGCGCUGGCUGAACGGGCUGGGGAGGAGAUCUCGUCCUUGUAUCGCGAACACUCGGAUAAUAGGCCUGGGUUGACGGCCAGACAACGGGGUGAGUUGGCCGAGUGGGUUGCCAGUGUUAAGGUGGUUACUACAGAUGUGGGGUUGAGGGUGACUUCGGGGAUCUUUGAGGUUACUGGUGCGAGGGCGACGGCUGUGAAGGUCGGGUUGGAUCGCUUCUGGCGGGAUAUCCGGACACACACCCUGCAUGAUCCGGUGGCGUAUAAGAAUCGCGAGCUGGGGAGGUAUGCUCUGUUGGAUGAGGUGCCGGAGCCAUCGUGGUAUACUUAG